CAUGGCACUUCAAUUACACAUUUUUACUUAGCUAUUGCGAGAUCUUUACCUGAAAAUUUGAUUCUGCUGUGUUGAUGAUAGGGUGAUGGGUCAAGCAUCAGAUGACAUGAAGCUACCAUCUGGUUCUGUAAUUGAGAUUUCUCGUCUUCCAGGACACAUUCUUGAAACCAAAGUGAAGGGUGAGCUAAUAAGCAGGGUGGAGAGUGAACUUCUCUGCAGGGCGUACAUUAACAUGUACCUGGGAGACGAUCCAUUGGACAAAGAGGCCAAAGAGAAAUUUGGAACGUCCAUGCUUUCUCUCUUCGAAUCCUGAACUGAAACAGAUCCUGGAAUUGAAGGGAAUAAGAUCCAAAGUCUAUUGAAUAAAAUUCCUAAGUGUUGUCAAUUCUGAAUUUUCUGUUUUCGUGAUCGAAUAUCAUGCAUUUGUUGAAUGUAGAAAUCAUAUAACUCAGAGCUAAAAGAUUUCUUUCCGGAUACUCAUUCACUGGACAAUGUUUGCAUACAGAUAAAUGAGGGGAUUCCUCACCAUC